AUGGCUCGGGUAGAUGAUAUCACAGCCGCCGAUAUCAACCUUCUGGCUGAAUUUAUGAGUGAUGCCCAACUGCAAGACCUAUCACCUGCAUCUACCAAGCCGGUCGACUGUAUCGUUAUUUGCGCCUCUGCUGUUCUCGAUCAAGCCACCACCCUUUUCGCCGCACUUACGCGGCGACCAUCACUCGCGAAGUACCUCGUCUUAUGCGGGGGCAUUGGUCACUCGACACAAUUGCUGUACGAGGCAGUUCGAUGCCAUGAAAGGUACUCCAAAAUCUACAAUGAAAUAGAGGGACUACCAGAGGCGAGGGUUCUCGAGCGAAUCUUGGAUAAGUUCUUCGAUCGCGCUGCGAUUACAGCCCAAGGAUGCCAGAUUCUCAUUGAGGAUCGGUCCACAAAUUGUGGCCAAAACGCCUCUUUUACCCGGCAAGUACUCGACGAUUCAGCAGUUUAUGACAUGAAAACUUGCAUCAUUGUUCAAGAUCCUACUAUGAUGUUGAGAACGAAGGCUACCUUUGAGAAAACCUACGAGGGUGGGCCGUGCAACGUGUUGUUUACCAGCUGCCCCGUAAUCGUGCCGCGGGUUCAGGUGAAUUCGAAUGGAUGUCUGGUAUACAGUUCAACCGUUGACUGUCCUUCUCGUCUUUGGAAACACCAACGAUUCCUUGAGCUUAUUCUGGGGGAAAUUCCUCGACUUAGGGAUGAUGAACAGGGAUAUGGCCCGAAGGGAAGAGGGUUUAUCGCGCAUGUUGAUAUACCUGCGGCGGUUGAAGAGGCAUGGCUUCGCCUCGUGAGUACUGUGGGUGAUUCAAGACAGAUAAAAUAA